AUGGUCCAUUCGAUGCGACCAACUUUACUUGUUACGAUCCCUUCUUCGGAAAAGGCACCUCUUAACCAUGGAUCACCUGUAGCCAAGGGCCCGACAGCUCCGCAGUCUGCCCCCCCGGAGCUGCUUUCGAGGCUGAAUGUGAACGACAGAAGAGCGCAAUGGCGAUAUAGAGAAGGCAAAGGGAGAUCUCGCGAAGGCAUUUUCCGACACAGAAUGCAUCACGCUUCCCCGAAAGCAGGCGGCGGAGGUUUAUUGUCGACCUACCGAGAACAGGACAGUGAUGAAGAUGGAUUGCUUCGACCCAUCACCCGGGAAACUACCCGAUCGCGCUGGGGCUCUGAACCUACGUGCUUGGGUACUGGAAGCAGGAGGGGUAGUAUUCUUGAUGGCGUCGACAAAGACAUCCGACUCGGUUCGAUCAAACGGCGGGACGAGAUACAAUCAAUGGACGAUUUGCAGCGGGUUCGAGACCAACGAAACAGAGGUGAAGAACACUUACGUUCCGCACUGUCGGUGAUCGGGACUCUCGCAACUGAUAUCACGCGAAGACUGGAUUACACUUACUACGGACUUCUGGAAAAGAUUGCAGCACUCAAUGUAACAGUCGCCUCGUUCCAGGACCUAUCGGACUCAACGUCGAGGCUUUUUGACGACUUCAGGCAAGAGACCACAAGCUUGGAACAAGAUAUCCGGAAGCAAAUCGGCGAUCUCCAUGAAUUCCACCCUCAAAUACAACGGAUUGAGGCGCUGGAAGAACGAAUGAAAGCCAACAAGACGAGGGCUGAAACUUUCGGGAACAGGUUGGAAGCUAUGCGAAACGAGAUCGAAAGGUGGGAUAAACGAGAAAUGGAAUGGCAAAUGCGAACAAACCAAAGACUACGCAUUUUCUGGGGUUUUGUCACUGCGGCCAUAUUGGCAAUUCUGGUGGCUAUAGUCUUUCGACACUGGCCCACCGAAGGGAUGUCACCCGGUUUUAGAACUAUUCCGAAAGUGCUGAAGCUCUCCAAUACUCCCCCCCACGCCCCGCUGUCUAAGCAACACGAUCCGUCUCCAGGAAAUUCGGAGGAUGAGUAUGGACUACCUCCGGAGCCAUCUGCCCUCGUUAACAGUGGCAUUCCAAGUGCAACGAAGACAUACACGCUUGCCCCGUCCGCGGCAAGUGAAACUACCAAGCCUGCCGAUUAUGAUCCUUUACGAAUAUUCGAUGAACUAUGA